AUGGUAGGAACAGGAACAUGGCUUAUAGCAUAUCUUCAAUAUACAUGUGGAAUGUUUAGUAUUGCCUGUUAUCGCAUCAAACAGGCAUUGACAGCGGACAUUAUCCAAAUGAGAAGUCUAAAAAGCGAGAAAGAAAUUCAUAAGGAAAUAAUUUGUGCCGUAGAUAUUCAUCGCAAAGCUAUGAAGUAUACCGAUUAUUUUAUAACCAAUUUUGAAAGAUCAUUCUUAUUUUUGAUAGCAGCUGGCAUGAGUAGCUUGUGCCUUAAUCUUGUUUGUAUAGCAAUGUUUGACGGUAACAUUGAGCAGCUUGUAUUAUCUAUUAGAAUGUCAAUUGUUCUUUACUAUUACUUGUUUCUAUCCAAUUAUGUCGCACAAGAAAUUACCGAACAUAAUAACUACGUAUUUGCUACUGCAUACGACAAUCAAUGGUAUGUGGCUCAUUUAAACAUACAGAAAAUGGUGUUGUUUCUGUUACAAAGAGGCACUAAAAGUUUUAAUGUAAUUCUUGGUGGAAUAUUUGUGGCAUCGAUGGAAAGUGCGGCAUCGAUGUUGAGUGCUUCAAUAUCUUAUUGUACUGUUCUCUAUUCUACGCGGAAAAAUUGAAUAACAUGUGAUAUUAUGAUUAAUCCUAAAU